AUGCCGUGCAAUCUACAAAAUCGUCACAAGCAUGAAUAUUUGAACACCGCUGUCGGCACUUCAACAGGUCCCGCAACUCCCGCCUACUCCACCUGUUGUAUCUUCGGCCUUCCUAUAUUAUCCUUCCACCCAUCACAUCUUCGUUGGGGCCGACAUUAGUAUCAACGACCGCCUGGCUAGCAACACAAGUAUUACUCUUUGAUUGCCACAUACGCACCCCAAAUUCCGUUGUAUCCGACUGCCACAAUCAACGACCCGCGCUUUU